CGGUUUUCCGUCCUCUGCCUGUUGGGCUCUGGUGUCCCCUCUUCUCGGAACCUAUCCCCCAGCUCCUCCUUAGAUACGCUUCCUUAGCAACGGGUUGCCCUUGGCAACUGGAAGACGCAGGCCGGUGGGCGGGCCUCCCGCAGUGUUACCGGCACCUAUUCGCUGUCUGAAGCGCUGUCUGAGCCAUGUCGGAGAUUUUGUGCCAGUGGCUCAACCAGGAGUUGAAAGUGUCCCAGACCGUGAGUCCCAAGUCCUUUGCAAAGGCAUUUUCCAGUGGCUAUCUAAUUGGAGAAGUUCUUCAUAAGUUUGAACUUCAGGAUGAUUUUCCAGAAUUUUCAGAAAGCAGGGUUUCAAGCGCCAAACUUAAUAAUUUUUCUCGACUGGAGCCAACGCUUCACCUUCUGGGUGUGCAGUUUGAUCAGAAUGUGGCCCAGAGCAUCAUAACCGAAAAGCCUGGGGCAGCCACAAAACUUUUAUAUCAAUUGUACAUUGCUCUUCAGAAAAAGAAGAAAAGUGGAAUGACUGGAUCAGAAAUGCAAACCAUGCAGCCUCUGACAAGUGUAAGACUUCAAAACAUGAAAAGUGAGGCUUUUCGAGAGAGACUUAGAAACCUGAUACCACGUCAAACUGAUUUCAAUCUGAUGCGGGUUACACACAGGUUUCAAGAAAAAUAUAAACACGUGGAAGAAGAACUUGUCCGUGUACAAUUUGAGAAAGACGAAAGAUUUCAAAAACUCAAGGAAGAACAAAGAUGUUUUAAUAUCGAAAAGCAACGCUUAGGGAGAAGACGUCAGAAUGAAAUAAUGGCCAAAAUCCAAGCAGCUAUCAUACAGAUUCCUAAACCUGCAUCAAAUCGUACUUUGAAAGCACUCGAGGCCCAAAAAAUGAUGAAAAAGAAGAAAGAGGCAGAGGAUGUGGCCAAUGAGAUUAAGAAGUUUGAAGCAUUAAUAAAAAAGGAUCUCCAGGCAAAAGAAAGUGCAUCCAAGACUUCUUUAGAUACCUCAGGCCAAAUGACUACGGAUUUGCUGAACACUUACUCAGAUGAUGAAUACAUUAAAAAAAUUCAGAAGCGCCUAGAAGAAGAUGCUCUCGCACGAGAGCAGAGGGAGAAAAGACGACGGAGAUUGUUAAUGGACCAAUUAAUAGCCCAUGAAGCACAGGAGGAGGCUUACCGGGAGGAGCAGCUGAUUAACCGACUGAUGAGGCAGUCCCAGCAGGAGCGCAGGAUCGCUGUGCAGCUCAUGCAUGUUCGGCACGAAAAGGAAGUCUUAUGGCAGAACAGAAUUUUCAGAGAAAAACAGUAUGAGGAAAGACGACUUAAAAAUUUCCAGGAUGCUCUUGAUCGAGAAGCGGCCUUAGCAAAACAAGCCAAGAUUGAUUUUGAGGAGCAAGCCCUCAGGGAGAAGGCAAUUCAUGAACAAAUUGCUGUGGAAAGGGCUCAAGCUCGUUACCAAAAGCAUUAUUCAUUGUGUGCAGAAAUUUUGGAUCACAUACUUGAUUUGUCCACUAAAGUGGCAGACUAUCGAAUGUUAACAAAUAAUCUGAUUCCAUAUAAGUUGAUGCAUGAUUGGAAGGAACUAUUUUUUAAUGGAAAACCCAUUUAUGAACAAGCCAAAAUUAAGUAUCUACCAGCUAAGCCCUCUGAAGAACAAAUUAUAGAACUGGAGAAAAGGGAUUUGCUAGAUGGCAAGGAUUAUGAAGAAUAUAAGAACAUGGUUGGAGAGUGGUCCUUACCAGAAGAAAUGGUUGAUAAUUUACCACCCUCCAACAACAGCAUAUUGGGCCACGUGCUUCACAGGCUAAUUGAAAAAACUCUUCCUUCUCAAGCUGAAUCAACAGUACCUGAAGUACCUUCAUUUGCUAUUAAAGGGUGCUUAUUGGGGAAAACAUUUAGUGGAAAAACUACCAGUUUAAAGUCUCUACAAAAAGAUUUUCCUAUUCAGAUACUUUCUAUUGACACUCUUGUCCAAGAAGCUAUCCAAGCCUUUCAUGACAAGGAAGAAGUCAUUGAGGCCCUACCAGUUCAGCAAGAAGCUGAAGAAAAGGAUCUUCCAGGUUUACAAGACAGUAAUGAAGAAAGCCAGGACCAACAAAAUGCAUUUUCAGAGGAACCUGUUCCAAGUGAAGCACUACCAGCAACAGAAGGUACUAAUACUAAUGAAAGACCAAAAACUGAAGAAGUUAAAACCAGUGAUAGUUUCUCUGAACUCACUGUGCGUGCUCAGCUUGGUGCAAAAUCAGAAAAGUUGCUGAAGAAAGGAAUGAGCAUUCCUGAUGGGUUGCUGGUUAGCAUCAUGGUUAAUGCUAUUAAUCAGGUACCUGUGGAUCAAGGCUGGAUCCUUGAUGGUUUUCCAAUGACAUUAAACCAAGCAAAGCUUCUUGAGGAAGCUCUCACAGGGUGCAACAAAGAACAAAUAGAAUUGGAGGCAAAGAGAACACAAAUAUCCACAUUGGUUGUUGAUCCUACAGUUUCCAAAGAAGUACCUGUUCCCCCUUCUGCACUUGAUUUUGCCUUGUUGUUAGAUAUUUCAGAUUCUUCCACACUGAGUCGCAUAAAUGACAUCACGGCUGAAGCAUUUUUACGUGAAACCCCUUCUGAAGAUAUCAGUCAACAUGUAGCCGCUGAAAACCAAGAUAAAGAUGAGAACCAGACUUUGAAAGACCAGAUACAGCACAGAAUUAUAGGCUUCUUGGACAACUGGCCCUUGUUGGAACAAUGGUUUUCAGAGCCAGAAAAUAUUUUGAUAAAAGUCAAUGCUGACAUAGAUAAAGAGUCUUUAUGCCAAAGAGUAAAAGAAAUUGUGGUGAUGGAGAUGCAGAAAAAAAAGAAUAAAGUUAAUAAGCAAUUAGAAGAAAAGGAAGCUGAGAAAAAAGAAGACACUUCCCCAAUUGAGGCUCCACCUCUUACUCCUCCAUUUCCUCCUCUUCUUGAGCCAGAAAAAGAGAAAGAAAUUACCCCUCAGGGAGAGGCUUCCAAAACUCAUCCUGCAAAAGGAAAACCACAAUCAGAACCCUAGCACGGUAAGCAUGAAACUCUUCAGGAAGGAAUAGGGAAAAAAGGUGACACUUCACUCAAAAGAAAAGGUUCUCCUAAAGGAAAAACACAAGGCGGGAAGCAACCCGUAAAGAAGUCACCUACUGAGUCUGCAGAUACGUCACCUGCUCCGGUAGUACCACCACUGCCUAAGCCAGGAUCUGAAGAAUGGGUCUACGUGAAUGAACCAAUUCCUGAGGAAAUACGUUCAUUUCUAGUACCUUACUGGAAACUAAUAGAAAGUUCCUAUAUAAAAACCAUCAAAACAGUUCUGAGGCAUCUGAGAGAAGACCAGCAUACUGUGAUUGCUUACUUAUAUGAGGUUAGAACAAGCUUCCAGCACUUUCUAAUGCGUCCAGAUCACAAGCAAGAUUUUGUAGCUCACUGGCAAGCUGAUUUCAACUCUCUUCCUGAUGACCUGUGGGAUGAUGAGGAAACCAAGGCAGAAUUACACCAAAGAGUGAAUGAUUUAAGAGACCGUCUGUGGGACAUUUGUGAUGCCCGGAAGGAAGAGGCAGAACAGGAGCGUCUUGAUAUCAUUAAUGAGAGCUGGUUACAGGACUCGAUUGGAAUAGCAAUGAACCAUUUCUUUUCACUCAUGCAGGCAGAACUGAGCCGUUUCCAAGAUACAAAGAGACUCCUUCAGGAUUAUUACAGAGCAAUGGAAAGCAAAAUCCCAGUAGAAGACAAUAAGAAAUUUAUUCGAGUCCCAUUGCUCCAACUGGAUGGUAAAGAUGUUUCAGAAAACCAGCUUAAAAUUCCUCUAGUUCCUCGAAUAUCUAUUUCUCCAGAAACAGCUAUGUCCAAACCAAAACUAAAAACAAUACUGAAGGGCAAGAUGGAUAACUCGCUAGAAAACGUAGAGUUAAACUUUGAGGCAGAUGAGAAGUUGGUAAUGGACACUUGGCAACAGGCUUCUUUAGCAAUAUCUAGCAUGGUGGCUGCUGAAAUUCAUCAGAAGCACAUGGAGGAGGAAAAGGAAAAUCAACAAGUAGAUACAAAAGAAAAACCUACUCAGACAAUUGCAAAUAAAAAAGCCAAAAAGGAACCCAAGAAACAAAAGGCAGACAAAAAAACAAAAGGCAAAUCACCACCUGCAGCAGAAGCCUCUCCUGUAGUGGUAACCCCAGAGGAAUUCACCGAUACAGAAAAGAAAAACGAACUAAGACUCAAAAUAAAGGAAGAACACCUUGCUGCCCUGCAAUGUGAAGAGGUAGCCACACAGUUUCGACUUGAACUGAUAAAGACAAAAGCAUUGGCUUUUCUUGAAGAUCUAGUAACAAAGGUGGUAGAUGUAUAUAAGCUCAUGGAAAAGUGGCUUGGAGAGAGAUACUUGAACGAAAUGGCCAGUGUUGAGAAAUUAACUGAGGUAGCUCGCUAUCAUAUUGAAACAUCUACAAGAAUUCAGAAUGAACUUUAUUUAAACCAAGAAGACUUCUUCAUUAAUGGUGAUAUAAAAGUCUUUCCAGAUUCUCCACCACCAAUACGUCCCCCACCUGUAGAAAAGGAAGAAAACGGGACCCUGACUAUUGAGCAACUUGACAGUCUUCGAAGUCAGUUCUUAGAUGUGGCACCUAAAGGCAUAAUAGGAAAUAAAACAUUUACUGACAUUCUGCUUGACUUGGUGACCCUGAACCUUGGAACAAACAACUUUCCUAGUACUUGGAUGCACCUCAACCAACCUGAAUUACAGGAGUUAACGUCUUUAUUAAUAGUGAACUCGGAGUUUGUGGACUGGAGGAAAUUCCUGUUAUUAGCCUCACUGCCGUGGCCCAUCCCGCUGGAAGAGGAACUCCUUGAGACCCUGCAGAGGUUCAAGACUGUGGACGAGGAGCAGCUGGGCAUGGUCACUCUUGAGCAGUAUAUGCAGGCUGGUCUGUGGUUUACAGGAGAUGAAGAGAUAAAAAUUCCAGAAAAUCCUCUUGAACCUCUGGCAUUUAAUAGGCAGGAACACCUCAUAGAGUUUUUCUUCAGGCUGUUUGCUGACUAUGAAAAGGACCCACCCCAGCUUGACUACACACAGAUGCUGCUUUAUUUUGCUUGUCACCCAGAUACUGUGGAAGGCGUCUACAGGGCCCUCAGUGUGGCUAUCGGGACUCACGUCUUCCGGAGGAUUAAAACUCCUACUCCACUUGUAGAUAAGACCUUCUCCUUUACUGAUGUGGGUCCAGUGGCAGCAUCUCCUGAACCUGAGGAAAAUAUAAGAGAGGAAAGGGAAUUAAAAGAGGAAAAGGAAGACGAAAUCCCUGAAAAUGCUAACACCGAAAAGAUUUCCAUGGAAACACUACUCAAAGUGUUCCAAGGAGGAAUCGAAGCACAAGACUGUGACAGAUUUGCCAGUCACCUAAAGACAGAGAACAUUUAUUAUGAGAAAUUCAUAAAAAUAUUUCAGGACCUAGGUGCCAAGAAUCUGGAGCCAGUUGAAGUUGCUGUUCUCUUGAAGCAUCCUUUUAUUCAAGACCUGAUUUCAAAUUAUUCAGACUAUAGAAUGCCUGAUAUUAAAAUAGUUCUCCAAAGGAGUGAACAUGUACAAGGAAGUGAUGGAGAGAGAUCACCUUCAAGACUCACAGAGGAAAAGAAAUGAAGCCAAAAGAAGGCACUUGUGUCCCACUUUGUCUUCAGAGUACCUGACUUUUAAAUAUUCUCCAACUUCCUCCUUUGUCCUUUUAACAAAAUAUGAUGUCCGUGUCAGUGCCUUGCUUUUAUAAAGUGCUUGUGUCUUGGCAAUGGAUCUUCCAAACGUCAUACGUGAACAUGGUGUUUGUUGUAUAUGUUACUAUCAUCAGGAUAGUCAGUGUAGAUAUGACCUUUCCCAGAUUAUGAGGGCCACUGAAAAAGGGAACCUUCAUUAACUCAGACAGAGAGCAAAAAUCCAAAGUAAGAAAGAAUAGAUUUUGAAGUGGCUCUGAAAAUAGAAGGUACCAGAACAAUAUAUGUAAAAAUAAACAUACAUAUAAAUCGAGAACAUUCCCUGGGAGAAGUAUCCACAUUAGGUAGUUAUAGGUGAAAAUUCCCCCAAGACUCUAUCUCAAGGCAGUACUGUUAUAUAAAUUUCAUAGUUCUUGGUCCAUGUGCUAAAAUUCCAAGGCUUAUCCCAGCAGCAGAGGAGAAUGCAUUAUUAAAAUACCAAAACAGUCACAAUCCUAUCAUCUAUUCAUAAUGUUUUCUUAAUAGAAUGUUUCCUUUACAGAUAGAUGCACUUGUAUAAUUGUGUCUUUUUACUAGUAUAAAGCAGUGACUCAAUGAUACUUAUCUCAAGAAUGUGUUAACCAAAAAAAAAAAAGUCAACAAUAAUGUGUUCUCAGUGACUUGGCUUCUGUGACCCUCCUCUCUGGGUCUCCUCUGCUCCUUUGGAGGGUUUCUUUCUGGAUCCUCCGCUUCUCCUCGACCACUAAUUGUUGGAGGGCCCAGGCCUCAGCCCUUCCCUAUCCAAAGUCAAUCCUGUAUCAUCUCACCCAUUCCCGUGGCUUUCGAGGUAUUAUAGAUGCUGAUAAUGCUGAAAUUUCUAUUUCUCACCCUCCCCAAACUCUGAGAUUGU